AUGUCGGAGCCGAGUGCCCAGCAGAGCGCCAGCUGUACCGAGCAGGUCCGAGCGUACAUCCGGACCAAGAAAGGGCUGGUCCUGGCAGCGGAGAUCGUUUGCUGCCUCAUUGUCCUGAUUUGCUAUGCGGCCUCCCGUACCCCGGGGUACCUCGGCAUCGCCAUCACUGAGCUCAUCUUCAGCACCAUCUUCUUCUUCCUCUUCGCUCUUCGCUACGACCAACAGAUCGCCUUCAUCCACUGGGGCUGGACGGAUUUCAUUUGUGCAGCUGUUGGCGGCUUCCUCAUGGCAUCAUCCACCCCGAUAGAUGUGGGGUAAUGAUGGUGGCGACGGGGCUGGAGGAAGCACAGUUCGGUGAUCGGGCUGCUAACUGGUCUCCUAUUCGCGUAUGACGCUUACCUGACGUUUCCUACACUGAGGAGGACACACGCACCGGCUGCCACGGAGUCCCCCGAUAAUAUUUAA